UGAAUCAUCAGGAUCAAUUGAGCGCUUGAAAAAUAUUUUUGAUGUAAACAACAAAAAUUCUGAUGAACACAAAUAUAUCUUUAAUAUUACGAAUUCUCUUAAUCCAGAAUACCCGUUCAGGUAUUAUAAGACAGAUUUUCAUAAACUUUAAUGUGUUAUUUUCACGUUUCCUUCACACGUCCGCAUUUUAGAUUAAAAAUAGAUCGAUGACAUUGUCUAUUUUUAGACCACAACAAAAAAGAAGAAAUGGCUGAACUGACGUCAGUAAUGUCAAACUCAAAAGACUGAGUAGGAUAACAAAGGCCAAUAAAGUUUGAAACAGACCUCGGGAGUUAUUUAAUACUUGUUGGUAGCAGAGCAACAGGCAUGGAAAAUAUGUACUGGUAACAUUCAAGAAGAUAUAGCAAAGAAAAAGAGCUCCUCAACAGGUGUUGGAUUUUCUUCAAAUCUGAGUGAGUUAGAAGCUUGCUGAGUUAAUUAAAGGCCUUCACAACAAUGGAAGAAGAUGGUAACCAUUUUAAUGAGAAGGUUGCAGUAGCUUCAUGUGGAGAUUUGGGCAAGUGUGAAAAGGAGGAAAACAACACUAUGAAUAAUAAAGGUGAAAGCAGCAGCGCAGAAAGCUUAAGUGUAGGUAAAAGAAAGCUGACAGACAAAAGUAAAAGGGAAAAAGGGAAUGGAGCGUCUGCUAGCAUAGGGAAAGAAAAACAGCUUGGAAUUAUGCCAGGAGAAAAGUCAGAGAUUCAUAAAGUGGAGAAAGGGAAACAAAGUUCAGCCAGUGAGAUGGAUUAUAUGAAAACUUUAGAAUGGAUGGAAAGUAGUUCGAAAGAAACGUAUGAAAUUUACAGCCGAACAAAGCGUAAAUUGUACGACUUACAUAACAAGCCUAAGACUGUUAAUUACAGUAAAAGGAAGGAAAAAGUGUCAGAUGUUUCUUAUGUGAAAAAGCCAGCACAAGCACUAGUGUUAAAUGUGUCUGGUAAGACAGAUGAAUUGACAAAUAAUGGUAAUGAUGGUGGUUAUAAGGAUGGUGACGAGGAUGACUUUGAUAAGCAGCCAAGGGACCAAGGUGAUAAUUUGUUACAGCCUACACUGUUGCAGCUGGCAGGUUUAGCUAAAAGUAGAGAUACACCGGAGCCACUAACAGAUGAUCCUUUGAAUCUCCCACCCCCUCCAAACUGUGCCCCACCUCCCCCACCACUGCCACUCUCUCUCCAGAGGUCAUGUUCACUGCCACAUGGAUCACUGCCAACACAAAGAUCCUCAACUCCCCCUGUUCCACCAACCCCACCUCCUCUACCUCAGUCGUGUAGAGGCAUUCUUACAAAGAGCCCGAUUGUAAGACCAAAAUUAACAACACAAUCUACUAGUGAAGAACAACAAUCGCCAGGACCAAGUAAUUCAGAAAACGACAGUUUAUAUGCUUCGGAUGUCACCCAUGAUGCAGAUUUAACAGUUGCUCGAGAACAUUUAAGAAUUAUGAUCGACAAUCUCAGGCGAUUUGUCCCUCUUGCCAGCACUUAUCCUGAUCCUGAUCAGAUGCAGUUAGAUGAACUGCAGACGGCUAUUAUGGAUUUCCGAUACCUUGAGCAAGCUUUGCUUGAUCCGGAAGAUUAUCUCGACUUUGACGACUUUGGCGGAUUUAAUUUUGAACUACCGCAGUUUGGUGAGAAAAACAUUGAACCUACCUUUGCUAGAGGAAUUGAAAUCAAAACUGAAUGUAAUAUUUGUUACGAUGAGGUGAAAUUACAUAAAAGAAUUUGCUGUGACUUCCCAGCAUGCGAUCCUUGUAUAGAGCAGUAUAUUGAAACAAACGUUGAGCAGGGUGUAGUCAAAAUUCCCUGUCUUGGUAGUUCAUGUGACGCAUUUCUUUUCCGAGAAGAGAUUUUAGGAAGGCUUUCCGUGCCAAUGAAAGAUAAAUAUUACAAAUUCUUGGUUGAUGCAAAUAAGGAUCCGAAGGUUAAAACUUGCCCACGGUGUAGCAAUAUUCUAAAAAUUUCUGACGAGGAUUCUCAACAGAAAACAAAGUACGGUUUAUUAGUCACGUGUCCAGAAUGUCGUCUAGAAUGGUGCUUCGAGUGUCAGGCGCCAUGGCACAAAAACAUCAAAUGUAAAGAAUUUAGGAAGGGAGAUAAACUCGUCAAGUCUUGGGCAAAAGAGAAACACUAUGGCACAACAAACGCACAAAAAUGUCCGAAGUGCAAGAUCUUCAUUGAGCGUAAGGGAGGUUGUGAUCACAUGAUAUGUAGUAAAUGCGACACAGGAUUCUGUUACAAGUGCGGUGGACGUUAUCUCGAUCUGAAAUUCUUUGGAAAUCAUCUGAGUCGAUACAGUCCACUGGGAUGUAAAUAUAACUACAAGCCAGACAGACCAGUACUGAGACGUUUGAUUAGAGGAUCUGUAUUUGGAGCUAAACUUCUUGGAGGUGUGUUUCUUGUUGGUCUUGGAGUUGCGGCUGUUGGUGUAUUGCUGGGGGCCAGUGUUGUCAUACUGCCAGCGUUUGGAGCAUACAAGUACCGAAGGCACAGAAAGUUCAAGCGACGUCUGAAACGGCAACAGGAACUCAUCAAAAUGAGAUCAAAGAAUGCCAUGAUGGAAUUACAUCGUGAAAGACCUUAUAUGCUUGACCCCAGGACGUUGAGAGAGAGAGAAAGUCUUUGGGAAACUCUAGGUUCAUCUCUUUUAGUUGUGAGAGAAGAGGCAAUGAGAAGGUCCACAAGAUCUGCGGGUAAUGACACAGUUCAUAUUGGGAUACAGACUGGCCAGUCUCAACAGGUGGAUGUUACUGUUCAUAAUCCGUACCAGCCAGAUGCUUUGGUAGCCAGUGAGGAUACACAGAACUCUGAAAUACGUAUGAAUAUCACUGAUGAACGUGGACAUGUGACUGUUACAACUGCAGAAAUUUCCCAUAAUUCCAGUGCAGGUGACGGCUCAGAAGCGGAAAUUGUUCUCCAUGUUAAGACGUCAUACCCUAAAAAUGAAAAAGAGACAAGAAAUCAAACUGGUGAAAAAAAUGAAACAACAGUAAAUACUGACACAGAUGUUGAGAAGCCAGAUGUAACAAAGUUAGACCUUGAAACUAAAGUGGAUGUCAAUGAUUCAAGUAACUUUUCUAAAUUUAGCUCUCCCCAGAACUUAGAAAAUAGGCCCAAGUCUGCUCAAGUUCACAGAAGGGCACAUUCCACAGGUAGUGUUAGAAAAAAUUUGAAGAAACAGGACUUUGGUUCUAUUUCUAGAAAGUGGCGCCUAAAGUCCUUAUCUGGUAGAAAAGUCAGUGAAACUGAUUCACCAGAGCCUGCUGCACCAUGUAGUCAAGAUCUGUCUGAAAGCUUGAAUAUAUCAGAAAAAGCUUCCACUGACGUGGAUGAAAAUUCUGAAGCAGAAAAUCUGAAUCAGUCUGGAUGCUUUUUGAAGCUCUUAGGAAAGAAGUUAAAUAAUUAUCAAAAUCAGAUUGAAAAGGAGAAGCAGCAGCUGUCGUCUAAAUCAGACUCAAAUCUGGGAGAUAGGUCCACAUGUCCCGAUGUGGUGUCAUGUGCCUUGGAAGCAGAGCUGAAGAGUAAAGAGAAUUUGGAGAAUGUAGGUCAGAAUAAUGGGGUCAAAGUCAUAGAGAAAGAUGCUUAUAUGGGUCUUGUUUCCACCGAAACUGAUACAACUGCCUUGUAGAAAGAUAAAACAAAAAACAAAAAAAUGAGUAUUUUUCAGUGGAUUUUGUUUCUAUAUAUCAGUAGUAAAAUAAAGAUAUUCAAAUAUAUACAAUGUACAGGGAAUUUAGGUCAGGACUGUGGCUAUAGUAGUAUAAAUUCUGAAGAAUACAAAAAUGGGUAGUUAGUAGGUGCAUGGCAUAACCUUGGCAUGUCCUUGAAACGAGGUAACUAUGGUACUGGGGAUAUUUUGUAUAUGGUAAAUUAUUGGCCUAAUAAGGAUUCGAAAAUUGAAUUUUUUGAAAACCUUACCAGAGUUUAAAGUGUACCUGAAAAAAAUGUGAGUAGAAAUUUCACCACUAGGCAUUUUGGAUAAAAUAUUCAAAAAUUUGAUUACGCCAAAAGUUGUAAGUGAGGUAUAUAGUGCAUUACUUACGGUCAUGUUGAGCAGUGAACUGUUUUGAAAAUAUUUUUCUGACCAUUUUUAAUAAUACACAUGAUGAUAUUGUGCCCUCAGUGACAGCCAUUAUAAGUAUUUGUCAACUGGGCUUGAAAUGUGCUGACACUUCGGUAAAUUCAUGUUGUCAUGUUUAAAUGGAUCAUAUUUUUAGCCCACCAUCAUCAGAUGGUGGGCUAUUCAAAUCACUCUGCGUCCGUCGUCCUUCCGUCCAUUCGUCCGUCCGUCCGUCCGUCAUUCCGUCCGUCCUUCUGUUAACAAUUUCUCGUUAUCGCAUCUCCUCAGAAACUACAAGGGGGAUUUUGACCAAACUUUGUCAGAAUGAUGUAUUGGUACCCUAGUUGUGUCCCCCUGAAAAUCAGACUGGUUCAACAAAUUUUUAGUAAGUUAUGGCCCUUUGUUUAUUUCUAUAAUUUACAUAGAUUUAUAUAGGGAAAAAUUUUGAAAAUCUUCUUGCCCCAAACCACAGAGCCUAGGGCUUUGAUAUAUUUGGUAUGAAGCAUCAUCUAGUGGUCUUCUACCAAUAUGAUUCAAAUUAUUUCCCUGGGGUGUAAUAUGGCCCUGCCCCGGGGGUCACAUGGUUUAUAUAGACUUAUAUAGGGAAAAACUUUGAAAAGCCUCUUGUCCAAAACCACAGGGCCUAGGGCUUUGAUAUUUUGUAUGUGACAUCAUCUAGUGGUCUUCAACUAAGAUUGUUCAAAUUAUCCCCCUAGGGUCAAAUAUGGCCCCGCCCCGGGGGUCACAUGGUUUACAUAGACUUAUAUAGGGAAAAAAUUUGAAAAUCUUCUUGUCCAAACCACAAAGCCUAGGGCUUUGAUAUUUGUAAUGUAGCAUCGUCUAGUGGUUCUCUACCAAGUUUGUUAAAAUUAUCCCCCUAGGGUCAAAUAUGGCCCCGCCCUGGGGGUCACAUGGUUCAUAUAGACUUAUAUAGGGAAAAGCUUAUAAAACUUCUUGUCAAUAACCUACAACAUUCAAAUUUGGACCACAUGUAUGGUUUUGAGUGGCAAGAUGAACCUUGACAUGAGUUGACCUUGAUUUUGACCUAGUGACCUACUUUCACAUUUCUGUAGCUACAACCUUCAGAUUUGGACCACAUGCAUAGUUUUGUGCACUGAAAUAAACUUUGACCUUGACAUUGACCUAGUGACCUACUUCCACAUUUUUGAAGGUACAGGCUUCAAAUUUGGACCACAUGCAUAAUUUCGUGUUCCGAAAUGAAAUUUGACCUUGAUUUUGACCCAGUGACCUUCUUUCACAUUUUUCAAGCUACAGCCUUCAAAUUUGGACCACCUGCAUGGUAAUUGUACCGAAACAAACUUUGACCUUUACAUCGACCUAGUGACCUACUUUCACAUUUUUGAAGUUACAAGCUUCAAAUUUGGACCACAUGCAUAGUUCUGUAUUCCGAAAGAAAAUUUGACCUUAAUUUUGACCUAGUGACCUACUUUCACAUUUCUCAAGCUACAGCCUUCAAAUUUGGACGACAUGCAUGGUUUUGUGUACCGAAACAAACUUUGACCUUUACAUUGACCUAGUGACCUACUUCAACAUUUUUGAAGGUACAGGCUUCAAAUUUGGACCACAUGCAUAGUUUUGUAUUCCGAAAUAAAAUUUGACCUUGAUUUUGACCUAGUGACCUACUUUCACAUUUCUCAAGCAACAGCCUUCAAAUUUGGACCACUUGCAUAGUUUUGUGUACCGAAAUGAACUUUGACCUUAAGAUUGACCUAAUGACCUACUUUCAGAUUUCUGUAGCUAUAGGCUUCAAAUUUAGACCACAUGAAUAGGAUUGUGUACCGAAACAAACUUUGACCUUAAUAUUGACCUAGUGACCUACGUUCACAUUUUUGAAGGAACAGGCUUCAAAUUUGGACCACAUGCAUAGAUUUGUGUUGUGAAGUGAAAUUUGACCUUGAUUUUGACCUAGUGACCUACUUUCUCAUUUCUCAAGCUACAGCCUUCAAAUUUGGACCACUUGCAUAGUUUUGUGUACCGAAAUAAACUUUGACCUUAAGAUUGACCUAGUGACCUACUUUCAAAUUUCUCAAACUACAGUCUUCAAAAUUGAUGCACAUGCAUAGUUUUGUGUACAAAGAACUUUGUCCUUGAAAUUGAUCUAGUGACCUACUUUCACAUUUCUCAAGUUACAGCUUUCGAAUUUAGACCACAUGCACAGUGUUGUGUACGGAAAUGAAAUUUGACCUUGAGCUAGUCAGUAAGUCUUGAAAUUUGGAACACACAAAAAUGACACAUUGGUGGGCGCCAAGAUCACUCUGUGAUCUCUUGUUUUAAAUGUUCAUUAUUUGGGAUUUUUCAUAUGAGUUUAGUCAAGUAUCAAUGAGAAAUUAUGCAUUUUCCUCUUGAUGCAGUGUUUCUGGAAACGCAUGAUACAAAUUAUCUUAAAAUUAAUUUACCAACUAAAGGUCAUUUGGGAAGAUGGUCUUGUAUACUCCAUGACAUACAGUAAAAGUUAAAUUCACACAAUUUUGUAUUAUUAUCAAAAAUAGUUUUUCCUAGGAAAUUUACUCAAGAGUGAUUCAAAGACACUCGAGCUUUUGUUAUUAUCUAUGUAAAAGAAGGAAAUAGCCUUUUGUUAAAUGGUUUGAUUUUGUUAGAAUGACAUUUCUUGAUUUUGUUUUGCUAUUUCAUGGGGAUAUGGAUUUGUGGAUUAGAAUUUUCAUCUUAAAGAUGAAAAGAGUGAGAGUUUAAUAUAUUUGUUUGUUGAGAUUUAAAUUGUUGAUGAUGCAAGCAUGAAAUCCAUGACCAUUAAGGAGUUCCAAGUGUACUACUGAAAGUAAUUCAAUUUAUACAAUAAAAAAAAAUGAUGUGCUAUCUUGAAAACACAAAUCUUGAGGACACCCAUUUACUGGUAAAUUUGUAGACUGGUAGCCUUUAUUCUUGUCUGGGUCUAAGAUUUAAAAACUUUAGUCUGGAGACCAGUCUCAAAAUACAAGCUUACUGUUGGUCAGUUUCAAUACUGAGCUCAAAAUCAACCAAUCAGAUGUUGGAGUUUUUGAUUGGUCCACAACCUUUUUAUAACCUUUGGCCCAGAUCUUUUACAAAUAUCUUUUUCACCACUUCCAUUAUGUGACUGAAAUAGGACAGAAUUCUUUUUAUAAAUGUUAUACUUUUUGUUUAUGAAAUGACUGGUUUUUCAUUUUGAUUUUAUGUAUGUAUAUCAUGAAGUCAAUGUUGUUUUUAUAUUCCACUCACUCACUGUUAGACGCGUUAUAUGUGCUGUAACAUUCCUGUCAGUUUUGUCAUAUCAGCUGCCACUAUUGGUGUAUAUAUAUAUUACAUAUAAUUCUCUAAGGUAGUAAAUGAUAAUUUCCAGGAAUGGAUCAAAGGGUACAAAUAUUAUUUGUGGAAAAUAUUAGUCAAUCCUGUAGUUAUAAACUUGUUAAAAAAACACUUUGAUUUUCAAAGAGAUUAAAAAUUUUGGUGCUAAACCUUGUACGAUGAUAAUUUGACUUUAUUUGUUAAUUAAUUUAUACUACUCACAAAAACUGGAGGACAAAUUUCAGUUAACUUGGAAAUUUAUCACAGCAUUGGACUUAAUUAUGAUUUUUAAAGAGAUUCAAAAUGAGCCUCAGCCUGGCUGCACAUUUUUCUCACCUUUCAAAAAAAAAAAAAAAACCUAUUGAAAUUGCUGUAACUCGCAACUUAUCCGGGUCUUUCUGUUUACAUUAGAAUAAAGUCUGUAUUUGAUUUAUUAUAUUGUAAACAAUUAUAUAUUUUUUGUCAAUGAAUCAUCAGAUGGUAAAGAGGAAAAUAAUUAAUACAAAUUUUACAGUUGUUCUGUAUCUGUGAUGCAGGAAGUAAAUGUGAAAUAUGGUAUAGAAGGAAAUUUAGAAUAAAGCUAUGUAUAUGCUAGCCAUUUGCAGGUGCAUAAUUUAUUCUUUUUAUGAUAUUUUUCCCUGUUAGUAUAUGUUUAACCCUGUGUUAAAGAUAUCAAGAUAAUAUCACCACAGAAUCAUGCUCAGAUAUGCUAAGCUGAGGUAUACUGUAGGUUGUUUUUUUUUUAGCAUUUUAACCCUUACCCUGCUGAAUUUCUAUACUGAACUUGUCCGUCUUUCAGUUGUGACAGAACCAUUCACUGUUAAAAGGGAUUGUUACCAAAAAAAUACUGAAUAAAUAGCGAACAGUGCAGAUCAUGAUCAGACUGCACAGAUGUGCACAGGCUGAUCAUAAUCUGCACUGGUCACAAAGGCAGAAUCAAUCGCAUCCAGCAUGAUAUGGGUUAAUAGUACGCAGACUUGCUCACUUUGCUGAGAAAUAAUACAAAGCAGAAGUGAAACACAAUGAAGGGCAUACAUUCUCUGAUAUAAUUAAGAAUUAUCCCAUGCAGUAUGAUAUGGAAUGUUAAAAUCAAUUAAAACACACUUCUGCUGUAUAUUAUUUCAAUUAUGUAAAAGUAAAUGAAAUAUAGAAGCACUGUUUGUUGGUCACUACUAAUAGGUUAACAUGAUGUCACUGUUUGCAGGUGUUUACUGUAUAAGAAAGUCGACACAGUGUCACUGUUUGCAGGCGUUUACAGUAUAAGAAAGUCGACACAGUGUCACUGUUUGCAGGCGUUUACUGUAUAAGAAAGUCGACACAGUGUCACUGUUUGCAGGCGUUUACAGUAUAAGAAAGUCGACACAGUGUCACUGUUUGCAGGCGUUUACAGUAUAAGAAAGUCGACACAGUGUCACUGUUUGCAGGCGUUUACAGUAUAAGAAAGUCGACACAGUGUCACUGUUUGCAGGCGUUUACUGUAUAAGAAAGUCGACACAAUGUCACUGUUUGCAGGCGUUUACUGUAUAAGAAAGUCGACAGUCGACACAAUGUCACUGUUUGCAAGUGUUUACUGUAUAAGAAAGUCGACACAAUGUCACUGUGUUUGUGUAUUUACUGUAUUAAUAAAUGUAGGAUCAUUCAGUACAAAUAUCAAUCAUGUUGAAAUCUGUUUAGCUAACAUUUACUGUAAGUUGGCAAUUUUCUCAAAUCUUUUAUUUUGUGGUGUUAAAAGCCAGCACUUUAAGUUGUCAUGUUAAGAAUUUGUAACUAGUAGAUUUAUGUUAUUCAACAUAGUUCCAGUUAAAUUUUUUGUUUGAUGUUAAUUUUCAGUAUGCAUAGUUUGUAAAUAGUAUACGAGCAAAAAUAUAAACUAUCACAAAUAUGACUCAAACUACUGUCACAGUGUAGCUUUUAUGAAUAGUACAGUCAUUCAUCUAUUUGUUGUUUCAAAGUGUUGUUUUCUGAACAUGUGUCAGAUUUUAAAAUGAUGUCAUCAGCAUAUUAAGGUAUAUUAGUACAAAAACAAAUGUAUUGUCUUUCAUCAUGUAUGUAUAGCAGGAAGUUUUAUAAUGAUUUUAACAGGAAAUUUUUUCCGGUUGCAUUCUGUAUUUCCAGUGUUCUUGUGCAGAUUUAACUAAGGCCCCAAAUGGGCUUUUUUUCCACUGGUAAAAAAGUCUAUAGUUAGCUUAUAAUACAACUGAAAU